AACACCCUAUGAAUUACCGGGGAGGUACUUGCGGCGAAAUUGAUUUUGAAAUGAACACGCGCUUCAGAAAUUGAAAAGUAUAAAAUUGAAAUUGAAACAUAUGAUCAAAGUACGACAAGAAAGAACGCUCAAAAAACCAAGUGACUGAAGCAGUUUUUCUUUCGGCAGAGAAUUUCCUAAGUGUAUUCAAGCAGGUCAAAAAGCGGCAUAAAAGCAGCAAACAUGAUUUGAACUCCGCGAACCACCAAAAUAAUCGCAUUAGUUAACAGAAGUUGAUGGCUGUCACGAGCUACACGCUAAUGAUGUCGAUUUCAGAUCCUUGAAAGCAAUCCACACUCAAGUAAAAACCUUUUAAAUGCCUCAAUAUUGUCAUUUCAAUUGCCUGUGUUCUUUUCAAAGCACUUCCUUCUCUUUAAGUUUCCGUUGAGAGGUAAAACGAGAUCGGAAUAAAAAAUCUGCUCUGGCUAGCCUUUGUAUGGAAAUGUCCUAAAGUGCAAGUAAACGUUGUCAACAAAAGAUUCGCAGCAGAUGGCGCGUUCUCUUUUGUUCAAACGUCAAUCACUGCAAUCAUUAAGCGACAUUACCUGACAAUAGUAAAAUAAUAAACGAAUUAACACGUAUGCAGAAUCGCCACAAUGAUUGGCAUGAGGUGAGAAGUCAUUAUCGACUAAAUAGCCCUCCACAAGCAGACCCACAAAACAAAACUGUUAGUGCCACCCAUCUAGCUCAUUCCCCAAGCUAGCCGUCAGUCAUGUGCUUUUUUCUUUUGGUCAGUUUUCGUGUUUAAAAAUAUAUUCCCUUUGAGAAAAAAUCACAACAGAGACUAAUGUCGUACAUUUCAAAGAAAAUUGUCCAAAGUGUUUUGCAUAACAACUCCCGAAGAUCGUUUUUAAAAAAAUUGCGCUGCUCAGUUGCAAAAGGUUUUUAUCAGCCCUGAUGAAAACUUACACCAAGAGAGGUUAACCUACAUGAACUUUUACUCUGUUAUCUGUAUAAACAAGCAGUGUUUUGAAAUGUUCCUUGUAAUUUGCACCCACUCUUGAUGUUUCGAUCACACAUCUUGAUGCUUCCUUCACUCGGAAGACCCCAAUCCUUGCGUAAUUGAGAGGCCGUAUGUUCUUAAUUGCAUUGUGUCAACGCUCUUUAAAAAACGUCAACAAUCUACGUAAAUGAAGCAAGUAGCCAAUAAGAAGGCCUGAUUAGCCUGCUUUUCUCAUCAACAAGCACUAGGCGAUACGCAGACUUCGACCAAUCGGCGAUUAAUGUUCAAUUUUGAUUUCUUAUCGCUGAAUAAUGAUAUUGUAAAAAUUCCUGUAGGUCUCCAAGAGCUGUUUUUAGGGUUCACAUCUACGGGUGGUAUCCUAUUUCUGUUUCGGCCAGCAGCGUGUGGCCUUUUCGGUAACACUGCAAUCAUCUCUUCUUAAACGUUGUUGCGUGCCCAGAUUUAGAGCAUAACAACAUGAACGAAGCCAUCAGAACGCCAGUUACACCGUUCUCGAUAACCGAUAUUUUGAAUCGUCACGACGUCCCACAGCAGAAUAACAGCAGUCUUGGCACUUGGAGUCAGCACCCUGCCCAUACUCAUCCCGUUUCACCGACUUAUUUGCCUUUGCCUACAUACUUUCAAGGCGCGUUCCCAAUCCAUCAACUCGGCUGUUACAAGACAUACAGCGCCUCCCAAGUUUCCACGGCAUUGCCCUCACUUUGUGGAGAACGAAAACCUGAGGAGAACGCAGAGCGAGAAGAGGGAAUAGCGAAAGUUCACAAAAACCAGGAAAGAGAUGUAAACCACACCUCGACUUCGAGCCCACAACAACAGACGAAACCAAGGAAGAAGCGAUCGAGAGCAGCCUUCUCUCACGCUCAAGUCUUCGAAUUAGAAAGAAGGUUCAGCCAUCAAAAAUAUUUAUCGGGACCUGAGAGAGCAGAGCUCGCUGCCGCUUUAAAAUUGACCGAGACACAGGUCAAAAUAUGGUUUCAGAACAGAAGAUACAAAACAAAACGCCGCCAGCUUGCAUCAGAGAUUUGCCCUCCGAGCACGGCCAAGAAAGUCGCGGUUCGAGUUUUGGUUCGGGAUGAUCACAAACAGUAUGAAGACAUAGGAUUAUCAGCUCUGUCAAUGGCGCCAUUCGGCACUCAAAGCUUCGCUCCCCCUUGCGGUUUUUACUACAGAUGAAUCCAAAAUUACUAAAUCACGUCCCAAAUACAACAACAAACAGACCCUUCACAUCAAACGCGCGAACACGAAAGAACAGUGACAUUUAAAGAGAAGCGUACAAACAAUUUAAUCGCUGCCGUUCUCGACUGCCAGUUUGCAACAGAGUUCCGCUUGAACUCCCGAGUAUCGCGACAUGGAAAAAAGCACACUAGUGCAGAAGAUUAGCAGAGGAUAACGUUGUAACUCCGAGCUGCGGAAGUAUAUCACUUGUGUCCGGUGAAUUACGUGGAGUGGCCAACUCUCUUAAAGUUUACUCACAUCAUCGAAAACAGAUUGCGCGAGUGUUAGACUCUUAAUUACCUUUAAUCCAAGAUUAAGAUUACCAAGUGUGUAUGAUAGUGUACAGAUUGAGCGAGGGAUCGAGAAACAUUCCCUGAGGAAGAAUCAAUUAUCAGCCUUAAGUUAACACAACAAUAAUGAGUAGAUAUCGAAAGGAAAUAGGUAUUGCCUUUUAAUUCUAUACUUAGAUUAGUUACAAAAAUCAACCGCAAACGGAACUACGCGACUUUGAUUUUAGCAAGUAUAACUUUAGCGAACGAUCAAGUCAGUAAUAUUUUAUUUAGCUUUCAAACUCGGAAAUGGCGAAGGAAGGCACGUAUCUCGCUUAGUGAACACAUGAAGACAAGCAUGACACGGAGGUAACCUAAAUAAAUACACAUCCCUACACGAACAGUCACGUUGAUUAUUCCUUUCAUGAAUUCCUUCGCUUGGAAAGCUUUCAAAUGCUAUGCUGCGACUAGCUAAAUCAGGGUCAGUAAUUUAAAUAGAAUCACGACUUUAUUCAGAUCAAAUAAAAAGCAUAAAAAGGUCCGGGUGA